AUGUUUCAACAUGCAAAACGAUUCAUAUUCCAGUACAAUCCAACAGUGAUUUCAUUCUAUUCACAUUGGACAAAGAUACCAGAACUGUGUACAUUUUGGACCCUGCUCCUAUUAAUCCCAUGUACCGAUGGAACCCACUCGCAAAAUAUGUGCGCAAAAUUAUAUGGAUUGCAGAACACUUACAAAAGGCAAUGUCAAAAGCAUGCCCUGGGUCUAUAUGGAAUGAGGAUAUUCUCCUAUGGCAUCAAAAAAUCCUAG